AUGAGAGUGCUUCUGUAUUUGAGCUCCCUAGCACUUGGAGCUGCCUAUGUUUGGGCCGUUGCCAUAGAACGUCCCAUGAGCACACUGGUGAAAGAGACCUUGACCCUGCUUUCUGCUUACCGAGCUCAACUGACAAGCAAUGAGACCGUGAGGGUUCCUGUUCCUACCCAUAAAAAUCACCAACUAUGCAUUGAGGAAAUCUUUCAGGGAAUUGACACGCUGAAGAAUCAAACUGUCCCUGGGGAUGCUUUGGAAGAACUGUUCCAAAACUUGUCUGCCAUAAAGAAAUACAUUGACCGCCAAAAGGAAAAGUGUGGCCAGGAAAGACGGAGAACAAAGCAGUUCCUGGAUUAUCUGCAGGAGUUUCUUGGUGUCAUAAGUACUGAGUGGCCGGUAGAAAACUGGGACUGAGCUGGCCAAAUGGAG